AUGCAAAAGUACGUCCCAGUGAUCACCAUAACCAAUCUGGCCUCCAAGGAAACUGUUGCUCAUGUGGUACUCGAAAUGGCGCAAUUUAUUCCGGUGACCAUUUAUCAAGAUCAAAGUAUUGGAAAAUGGAAAGCCCAGCACAACAAGUAUGCAACAGUCAGAUAUGGUGGAAAAGGCAUGGAACAGAAGAAAAAGGAGAAGACUCAAGAACCAAUUUUGGAAGACAAUUCAAAUUUUAGACAAGAUCCUAUUAGUCGUGUCCUUGAAGUCGACAAAAUUUUAAACUCUUCAAGUCCAGUAAACGCAGUGCCACAAGUCUGUUCUCAGUAUCCAAUGAUGCCAUAA